UAUUAUUGAAACGGCUGGUCAUCAACUUUAUUGAGAGAUCAUAAACGGGUUGAAAGGAGAAUCGUCGCAACAAUGGAUAGACACCCCAAGAGAAGGGCGCAGUUGUCAUUCAGGAAAAACGAAGAAGGGAAAAGCGAAGAGCCUGGCUCCAAACCCAGCAAACGAAUUUUAGGUGAUGGUGCGAGAAGACCUGGCAGACCCCCGAAAAUUCCCAAAAUUGAUGAACUACAAGUGAAUGUCGUCCAGGAGCAGCCUGACAUCAGCAGUCAGGGCAAAGAGGACUCAAAAGUUCGCGAAGUGUCCGUGAUAUUUAAAGCAGAACCGGGUAACAAAGUUGUGCCCGUAAGUCCUUCGUCUCAAGAUACUGAAGAGGGAAGGGGGAUAAAGGUCGUUGAAUUUGACGAAAAUCAGAAUGUGGUGUUUCUCCCAGUCACGGUUUUGACGAACACGUCUGAAGAAUUGCAGCCUUUCAGAGAGGAGAGCAUCGCUAGUGCCAUCAGUGAAGAAGACCAGCAAAGUAAUGAUGGACUUAAAAUUACAGAGGUUUUCUCAGUCCCCACUCAAUUUGUUCAGCAAGAUCAACCACAGAUGGCUCAUCUUCCGGCUCAGAUGCUACAAAGUAACGAUUUUCAGCUACAGUACACUUUUGAUGGGCCAGAGCCGAUCAAACUCAGCCGAGUUCCCUACCCUCCUCCUGGGAUGGACCUAUCCACGGACACCUCCGUAAGAAUUGAUACUAGUGGAGUAAAUCUUACACAGUCUCCAUCUGCAGCAGAUGACUUAGAAGUACCUACAUGCAAAGACCGCAAUGGCUACAUCAAGAGACCCAUGAAUGCCUUCAUGGUAUGGGCCCGCAUCCACCGUCCGGCUCUGUCUAAGGCCAACCCCAUGGCCAACAAUGCAGACAUCAGUGUACAGCUGGGACACGAGUGGAGCAGGCUGUCAGAGGAGCAAAAGACACCUUACUAUGAAGCAGCCCGCAAGCUGAAAGAUAAACACCGCCAAGCAUAUCCAGGUUGGGUAUACCACCCAAGACCAGGGAAAAGAAAAGGAGCGGAAGACGAUCAGUCUUCAACAUCUACACAGCUGCCCCCACCCCCCUCUGCUGAACCCUCACCUCCUCCUCCUGUCCCAGAGUCCGGCGUGCCCUACACCAUGGCCAGACGGCCCUCUUCUCGUGGCAGAAACGCAGCUGGACAGUAUGUGUGCAGAACGGUCAGCAGCAGACCCAGACUUCCACCAGUCCACAUGAUCAGAGGGCCAAUCCAGAUGCCAGGUGGGCAGCCCAUGUUCCUACAGCCACCCCCUCCACAACCUGUAAUGCAUCUUGCAUGUGGGGAUGUAGCUCCGGGUCAGAGGGCCUACUAUGGUAAGCCCAGUGCCCAGCCAGAGCACAGCCACAUCCAACCCAGAGAGCCCCCAGCAGAGGGCACUCCCGCCCACAUGAUGCACUUCUCAAAGGGCUUCCCACUGCAGGCACCAAACCUGCCAGCCCAUCAGCUGUACUCCUCAGCACCACCACAGCACCCGCCCACAGUCAUGCCUGCCCAGCGCUACCCUUACCCACCGCAGGUCUACCUCCCACAGCCCCAAUACUACCCGCACUCAUACCCAGCCCCCCAAGGUGCCUAUCACCCGUACCCGAACUUCGCGGCACAGCAAGUGACGGACAUCCGCAGCUACUACGAGGAGCAGUGCAAGCGGCACGAAGCCAUCCUGGCCUCCCUGUCCCGCGACUUCCUUAUGCGCGAGGCAGCUGCAGAGGCGGCGGCAGCGGGCAGCAGCAGCAGCCAGGGUCACCACCAUGGUGCCGGCUCCGCGGGGAUGGUGGGCCCCUCCACCAGCUCUGGGCUCAUGAUGGUGUCCUCCCCGUCCAUGGCUAGGCCUUCCACCUCAGACGCCGCCUACAGCCACAGCCACAGCCACAGCCAGGCUGCUCCUCCUGCCCAGGACGACCCCAGUCAGCUGCAGACCGUCGGGGAAGAUGAGGACAACGUCCGCGUCCUGAGAAUACUCUAGUUGCACUUUUGUACUACUGGUGUACUUUUUAAAGAUUUUUUUCAACGUGUAAGAAGCAAAAUGACAAUAUAUUGUAUAUGGCCUCUGUUCUGUUCAUAUAUAGCUUUGAUAGGUCUGUUUCUCCUGAAAUUAUCCCAACACCUUUAUGAAUUUCAGUGUUGCUGAAGUUGACUUGUUUUGUACAUAUUUCUACGCUAUGAUCAAUUAACUGAAUUUGUGGCUCUAUUACUGAAUUAUAACACUGAAGAAAUGCAAGUUUUUUUUAUUGAGUAAGCUGUUGAAAUGUAUUCUGCAUCCUCGUGGAUGUUUUGUUUCUUCUUGGUAAUUUUUUGAUCAAAUUAACCACAAUAAAAAACAUUUUAUUGACA